CCCAAAAUGAUCACAAGCAGCAACAAGAAUGAUAUAUGUACUGAAGAAGACGAUGAUGAGGAGGAGGUGAUCAUCACAUCGAAACUUCAACUUGUCUUAGCCGCGAAAUCGAGAAAGCUACAAUACAUGUCAUCACCAGUAGUAAGUCACCACGUGUCAAUGUCACUCUUGUCGUCCCCUGAUGAUUUAUCACACACUCGCGCUUCUGUUCCUUUCUCCUGGGAAGAAGAACCUGGCAAGCCUAAACACCACCAUGCUCUUCGAGCUCCUCUUAACUCCAAGCGUCUUCAUUUGCCUCCGAGACUGCUCCUUCCUGUUGCGUUUACCAAAACGCCCCUGGCUUCAGAUCAUCAUCUUCUCCCCGGUUUGAAACGGUGGUUCCGGUGGAAGAAAGAUAGAGCUGAUGAUGUGACCGGAAAGUGUAGUUUCGUCUUUCCAUCAGAAAAUGGAAACGAAACGAAAAUCACUAGACCUGGAGAUCUCUGUUCUUUCUCUGAUAUCACUAGGUGUUACUUCUGGGGAGUUCCAUGGAAGAAGAAGCAGCUGAAAAAAGAUGGCUUUUGAAAGGAGAUCGUGUCUAUAAAAUUUGUCACCGGAGUACUUGUCUUCAGUCUCUUGGGCCAAUCUGGGCUAUUUUAGGCCUAACAUAUUGGCCCAAUAAAAACAAUU